ACCAGAUGGAAACAAAACGCGAUUUACAUCAUUCAACGGCCGUUUCAUAGUUUCCAACCUAAUACUUUCAUUUUACGCUAUAAAAACGUGCUAGCCAAUAGGAUAAAAGGGUUAAAGAGAAUUGAAGUUGGUCAUUUUUAAUCGUAUGUAUGUUGCCGUGGGUUGUGGUUGCGUCUUACACGAUGGAAAAGAUAAUUUUCCUUAAUUCAACGAUAACUAAAGCUCAUCAAAUCUUGUGCUUAAGAUGAAUUGAGAUGAAUUGUAAUCGAGGGAUUGAUUCCAAUUAAUUCAGUGAAAUAGUUGUUAAAAAUACAAAUCAACUAUAAAUUCUGUAUACAUAUAUGUAGUGAGUGAGGGCGCGAUCAGUAUUUUCCUACAAUACGAUUCCAAAAUGUCAGACAUCGAUAAAUGGAUAGAAAUUGCAAAAGAGUGCAAAUACCUUCCGGAAAAUGAUCUUAAGAAACUUUGUGACAUAGUAUGUGACUUAUUAGUAGAAGAAUCUAAUAUUCAACCAGUGUCCACUCCGGUUACCGUAUGCGGAGAUAUUCAUGGCCAGUUUUAUGAUUUAGAAGAAUUAUUUCGAAAUGGAGGCGCUGUGCCUGAUACAAAUUAUAUAUUCAUGGGAGAUUUUGUAGAUAGAGGGUAUUAUAGUUUAGAAACAUUUACCCGCCUACUCACACUUAAAGCUAAAUGGUCUGAUAGAAUAACAUUGCUUCGAGGAAAUCAUGAAUCCAGGCAAAUUACUCAUGUUUAUGGUUUUUAUGAUGAGUGUCAGAACAAAUAUGGCAAUGCUAAUGCUUGGAAACACUGCUGUAGGGUUUUCGACUUGCUCACAGUUGCUGCCUUAAUUGAUGAACAAGUACUAUGUGUACACGGUGGAUUAUCUCCACUUAUUAGAGCAUUAGAUCAAAUUAGAACGAUCGAAAGGAAUCAAGAGAUUCCACACAAAGGUGCUUUUUGUGAUUUGGUCUGGUCUGAUCCAGAAGAUGUAGAAACAUGGACUAUUAGUCCACGUGGAGCUGGUUGGUUAUUUGGCAGUAAAGUAACAUACAAAUUUAUGGAAAUCAACGACCUUAGACUCAUUUGUAGAGCUCAUCAAUUGGUUCAUGAAGGAUAUAGAUAUAUGUUUAACGAUAAACUUGUAACAGUAUGGUCAGCUCCAAAUUAUUGUUAUCGUUGUGGUAACAUAGCUAGUAUUUUACAGUUUACAACUGUCGAUUCAAGACGCCCAGUGCUAUUCGAAGCAGUGCCUGAUUCUGAAAGAGUAAUUCCACCAAUAAUCCCUACACCAUACUUUUUGUGAUCUCACUCUGUGGUCUAUUUGUUUGGAUGCAGAGAGGUGGUAUCUGUGUUUAGGCUUUACGGGAUUACAUGACUGUUUCUUCACGUUGAUGGACACAGGCUGGUACCAUGACAGAGCACAAAAUUUUCCAAAUACAAAAAGAACAUCACAAGACGAUGGAUUAUCCAGAAUUCCAUGCGAAACCAAAAUGUUUCUUUAUGUUUUUCAUAAGAGAAUCGCUUGAAAAUCAGAAUUAACAUGCGAUUGUCCGUUCAGGGAAAAUGUGUAUUAAGGAAAUUUUUUAAGGAAAUAUAUAUCGAUUUUUAUAUGUUGGAAUGUUAACUUUUUUAUACAUAGCGCGCCUGCCAUUGCAUCAGCCUGAUUUCUCUAGUUUGUAAAGUAUUUUGCAUUGAAACAAAUGUGAACAUUCUGUGGUCUAGACGCUUUUGCUGUCUACUGUGUACAUUCUGUAGAGCAUUCGCAUCUCAGAGCAGUAUUGUGAAUGCAUCAUGCUAAGGAGCUCUGAGUUUUUAAACAAGUUACGAACGUGAACAACAAGUGAUUCAUUAGAGUACGAAUGAAUAAAUGGAAAAAAAGCGUUUAAACAUUCCGGCAAAAGAAGAGUCUCUGAGUAUAGUGAAUGCUUAAUUGAUAUUACGAUCGUUGUGCGUAGAAUUCAGGUUUAUUAAAGCGUGAGCAUAUAUACUACUGUUAAGGUCUUCCUGAGUAUGUAAUUAAUCUGUUCUGGUUUAGAUACUGUGUGUGCUGCGUGCAAUUCUUUUUAUUCUAGACGAGCAAAUCAGUGUUUUUAGCAGCAUAAAUUCGGCAAUUCUGCCGAGGUACAAAUAGUAUGUAGCAGUAGCCAAAGUUUUCCUGCCUAGGUAAGGAAAUUCAGUAGAACAAUUGUAUUAUAUACUAGAAGUUGUUAUUAUUUCUAUGCAUAUGACAAUUUUUAUCUUAUAUUUCGUGUGAUUUUAUUAUGAGCUCAACGUGAACACCAUGCAAAAAUAACUUGAAUAGUAUUGAAUCAAAUUUUACUUUCAAAGUAUCGGCCUUCUCAGCCACGUAUCACUAAAUACUAAGCAAUAAUUUGAUUAUUAUUAUUACUAUUAUUAUUAUUAUUAUAAUAUUAUUAUAUUUUUAUUAUUAUAUUAUUAUAUUAUUAUAUUAUUAUUAUUAUUAUUUUAUUAUUCUUAUUCUUAUUAUUAUUCUCGGAAUCUUUGUACAGUUUCCACAUUAUAUGCCAAAUCGCUGUCGUACUGAAUAAUUGUAAUAACUAGAUUGUCAUAAGUUUUCAUUAAUGUAGGGAGCAAUUUUUAAGAACCGAGACCUUUAGCAAUGUGCCUCUAAAUUAAUAAGCGUUUGUGUAAUAUAAUGAUACGAUAUUGAUACAUAAUUAACGGGAGUGCACUGGCCAUUGCGUACCAUAAGCCUGAAUUCUGACCAUCGAUUUGUUAGCUCAUGAUAUUCCUAAUCGAUCACAGACCCGACAGAUAACGACAUUGGCAUUGGCAUUGGCAUUCACUGUCGAAGUUAAAACAAAAAAAAAAUAACUACUCUAUUUUGAAUUUUGUGAUAUAGUUCGAGCGGGGCAUGUGAAAAUUUGCGUCGACGUUUGUAACGAUUUUCCAUGUCGAGAUCGUUUUGAGGAUGUUUUGAAGACUUGUUAUUUCAAGAAGUAUAGUCAACUUUUGAACAGUGCCUUCAGAACUAUAACACGACGGUCUAUUAGAAGUAAAUACUUUCUACCGACGGAUAAUCAUAGACGAACUAGGGGGACGGAUCAUAUAAAUAACAGAGAGCUUAACAUGGGCGUGUGUAAAGAACUUUCUUCAGACUUUUUUACAAUUCUUGAGACUAUAAUCAUUGAUAAUCCCCUUUAUAUUGUAUUUCGACUUUAUUAAUUAAUCAUGUAAGAUAUUUCGGCGUCCAAUUCGAUUGCUUUACAUAUGAAUACUUUUUACAUUUUUCGAUAAAGAACAAACAACAAAAAAAUAAAACGGAGAGAGAAAGGGAGCAAGAGACAGAGAGAAAGAAAGAGAAAGAAAGAGAGAGAGAGAGAGAGAGAGAGAGUGCAAGUGGGGGGAGCGCAGGGUGAACGAAGAAGACGAAAAUGAAGAAAUACGAUUUAUAUAUAUCCAGAUUGUUACGAUAUGCAAUUACACGAUUUUACAUUAAUCACUGCUUUUAUAUUUACAUUAUUGAUACUGUAUUAGAUAGAUCAUUACGCGACGCAAGACACGGAGUUAACGUUACAAACUCGACUCGUCGGUUUUGCAGCCUCUUUGUACCGUGAAACGGAGGUGAUGCAUGAGAAUGCCUGCGUAGUACGGACAUCCUAGGGAACCUAAAAGUAUUAGCUUCUGUGUCUACCUGGGUAUUCGCAGGGAAUCACCUUUUAAAUGCCUCUGUCUGUGAUCGCUUUAAUCUUAUCGAAGUGUCCAAGCGCUUGCGACCGUAUUCUAGAUCGUUAGGAUCCAGGAACCAGGGAUGAUUAUAAAGACAAUGACAUUAUUAAACGGCAAGACUAAUAAUUUAGCUUAAUGUUCUGUGCAGGAGCUUGAACACUGCGCAUAAUCCUUAAAGAUCUCACAGGUAGACAACAUUUUAAACGAACAUGUACCUUGAAAGUAUAGACUUUGUUAUGUUGUAAUGUAACGAGACGUCUGUAAUAAAAGUGCGCAAAAAAUUGCAAACGACAUCCAUCAAUAACAACAACAACAAUAACAACAACAACAACAACUUACAAUUCCCGACGCUGUUCAUUGUGAUAAAUUAAUAGAGUACAAUACGCGUGUACCACGUGGUGUACAACAUGCAUACAACAAUAUAUACGAUAUUACGAAACAAGAAGACAAAAAUGAGAAAACACCGUUAAAAAAAAAAAAAAAAAUGAAAAGUAGAAGAGACCGAACCACCGUUCGUUUGUAGGGUAUGGGCAUGGAAUAAUAAUAAAGAUUUCAUAAAGA